AUGGAGCAAGACCGCACUGACGCGGUGCCAUGGAUUCCCUUGCCAACCCCGCAGCAAGUCUGGGAACACUCGUGCUGCAGCAAGGAGCAACUUGAGGCAGCUUUGAGACGACCUGGCAUGACCGCAAUAGAAGCAGAUGUCUUGAUGGGCGUCCUGCGCCACAGCCCUGGUCCACAACCUUGCAAGAUCGCGAUAAUGGCGCACCCGCCCUCUACAACAUCGGACUUGUCAUUUCAGUGCUUCUUAGAUCGGCUGGUGCAGGACGCCCGACACCACCUGAAACUUGACUUCAAAGAUCUGCAAUCCCUGCAGCUUUGCUUGCCUCAAGUGGCAGCUGUCAAGGUGGUGCUUAACAAUCAAGGUCAGGUUGUUUGGAUAAACGCGGACAUACUGCCUGGUCCGAAUCGACGCCGUCAGUCCUGUCCAAUUCCAGCAGCUUCCUUUUUUGCUGCAGUGCGGCAGCACUGUCCAGGAAUCGCUUUGAGUCUUGGUUGGCGAGUCUCACGGGCUUGGGGAGAUGCCUACACCAACGACGACAUAAGCUCAAUGCUCGCGGCCUGCAGCGACUGUAAGGCAAACCAAGGGCUGGUUUUUGCUGUAAACGCCCGGCUGGCGCUUCGAAAUCCGGAGCCGUUGCUUGACUUGCUGGCCGCCAAGCCCAAGAGUCAGCUUCUUCUGUGGACUGGGACUGGCGAGCCUCCGAUUCCCUCCUGGACGCGCUCUCAACUGGGAAAGUCCUUCAAAGAGUGUGAGGACAGGGUUGGCUACGACUGCCAGGUUGCGUCCUCUUGCUUCCACGGCUUGAUUUGCCAGCUUCUAGAGGGUGGGGCAGCCAAGGAGAACGCCGCACCGGUCCAAAGCGGACCUAUUGAACACCCCAAACAGCGCCGGUACAACAUCCUGGCUGCGUUGGGGGUAGAGCGGCAAGAAACAACAGCGACUCCUCAAGGAGAGAGGCCGGCAUCAACGCAGGUACAGCAGGCUGACCAAUCGAAGUCCAAGAAAAAAAAGGAGAGGUGCUCGAAGGGCCACCACCAAGCCUCUCGGGACCGGUUGCUUCGGCAGUUUGCUUUGAGCGCGCGCUCCUCCAAGAGCAAGGUGUGCGUGGAGGGGACAGUCGAAGAGCGCAUGGAGAGCAACCAGGAGGACCUGAUUGCGGCCAGGCGAGCUCAGGGAUUUCAGGUACAACUGAGGACAGCCGCUGGCAAUGUGAAAGUGGUCUUUAGCGGUGCUGCUGCACGCACAUUUUCACGAAGCCUGGGUUUGCAGCGAGGUGGCCGCGUCCGCCUCCAGGGCUUCACCUCGACUCGCGAGAACGACGUGGAGGUGCUGCGAUUCAAGGAUGUUCAUCCUGGAGUGAGCAUCAAAGUUGUGGCCACAGCUUCAAUGUCCCAGCAGGCCGAAGCUGUGCUGCACUUGAAAGACCUCAAAGCCCACCUGGCCAAGGUGAAGAGAGGUGAAGCAAAAGCAGUUGUUUCAGUUGAGGCUGUUGCCUGUUGGGUUGGUGACCUGGAGCGUCAAGAGCUGGCCAUGCAGCCUGGCGAGUUUGCACCCACCAGGACAAUCAUGCUACGGUGUCCAGCCUCCGAUAUGGUCUGUGCCUGGCGACUUUGGGAUGCACAGGCAGAGAAGUUUGGAACAGAAUUGCAAGGCCAUAGCCUUGUCUUGAAUGGAACUCGAGUGCGCGAAGUACAUGGUCAGCCAGAACUCACAGGCUGUGCCAACAUCAAUUUGCGGCGCAACAACCUCUUCUUCGACGUCUUGCGAAUUUUCGACACUACCGUGGUGCCAUUUGCAAGGUCCGUCCAGCUCUGCCAGCGGAAGUUCUGCGCGCCGCAUUGUUCCGCCAACCCUCACAUGGAAGUGCACAGCUGGCCAUUCGCUGCAACCGCUGUCGUGUCCCUACUUGCCAUAGGCAAUGAGCAGUUCCAGGCAGAAGAUGACAGUCUCAUGCAUGUCGGCAACUGCACCAUGCAGCGCAGAAAGCAAUCGCAGUCAGAACGUACAGAUGUUGCUGCACUGCCGACGCGAACCUUGCAAAAUCUGAAUCACCUGGGUGAUCAGACUAAGUGCCUGAUCUGCCUGGAAGAGUUCGCAGAUGGAGAUGAGGUCAAGACGCUUCCCUGCCUACACUUCUACCACCAGAGGUGUGUGGAUCAAUGGCUUGCCACGGACAACUCCUGUCCUGUGUGCAAGCAUCCGAUUGGCCAAGAGGAUCAUCCCGCGUGA